AUGGCGGCGCUGGGCCGGCCCUUCGGCGGCCUCCCGUUGAGCGGCGCCUCGGAGUUCCUGCCGCCGCCCGCGGCCUUCGCGCCCGACGCCGCCGCCGCCCAGCCGGGCCCGAGAGCGGGGAGCCGCGGCGGCGCGAGCGGGGGCCCGGGCGGGGGCGCGGCGCGAGGACGCUUUACGCUUCACUGUAAAAAGAAGCACAAGCGAGAGGAAGAGGAUGAUGAGAUAAUUGAUGAAGAUGAAGAAGUUGAAGCAGACAGAAAUACUAACCAUCUCCCCAGUCUUGUUCUUUCGGAUACAAUGAAAACUGGUUUGAAAAGGGAAUUUGAUGAAGUCUUUACAAAGAAAAUGAUAGAGUCCAUGAGCCGUCCUUCCAUGGAACUUGUGCUCUGGAAACCUCUCCCUGAACUUCUUUCUGAUAAGCCAAAGCGGUCAUCUAAUGCUAAGAACUACCCAGGAGAGAACCAAACUAAGCAUGCAACACCUGCAACUGCCUUCUCUCGGAGAACUGAACUGUUCUUGGAACCUCAGCAUUUAGCAAUGCCUGUUUACAAUGGUUUGGAGGCAGCUGCUUGCACAGAAGAAGAAAUGGAACUCUAAUAGGUGUCUGUACUAAAGCUGUCCAAGUUGAGAAGGCUCAUGUGUUCAGUCAUGAAUCCACUUGCAUAGUAAGGGCCUUUAAUGUUUUAUGAAACGGGUGUCAUAAUAUCUCUCCCUGUGUGGGCCUCUCAUUCUGGGUAGCUAUUUCUUGAGUUCAGUGAUUUGCCAAGAAACUUGUCUCAAGGGAAAAGCAAUUUUCUCGGGGAUUUAUUGAGGAAGUGUGAGAUUUCAAACUGCAAAGGCAAGUAUAGAAGUUCUACAUGUAAGAAUGAUAGUCAUCUGUCAGAUUGUCUAAAACCAUUCAGAUACUUGACAAAGAUGCAUUGGGAAAGAAGUAUGUUCCUGUUGUAUACCUUAUAGUUGGACUCACAGCUUUGUAGAUAUGACUUUGUUUAUUUACCCUGGUGAAUAUAUAUACA